AUGUCUUCCUCCAAGUUCUCCAAGUUCUUGACCGAUCUUGCAGUAUGCCUUCAGGGGGAGAAAGGCCCUGAAAUAGCGUACCUGCUAAAGCCAACCGGCGAGCAUGGCAAGGGGCUUUUGAAAGACUUCCGCAAUCCCACCCGGCAAAGCUUGUCCUACUACGAAGGAAGCCUCGAGAGCCCCUGGGACGAGAUCGCCAUCCAAUACGUGCUGGUCGUGAACCACUGCGCGCGAAAGCGCGCCGUUGACGCGUUCAAGGAGGAGUGCACCCUAGUUUCUCUCUUCCUGCGGUUCUUUUCCACCAACAGCGGCUGGACGCUGCCCGCGCUCUUCUCCAUCAUGCGUGACCUGCGCGACUUGGCCUCCGAUGUACACAAUACUGCGAACAUGGAGGAGGCUGCCCGGGUAAUCAGCAAGGCGUUUUCGAGUUGCGUAACUGACAGGCAGUCGCCUCUGGCGGAGUCGCGAAAAUGGGGCGUGUACUACGUUGUUGGCUUGAUAUUGAAGUGCUACUUUCGGGUCAGGCGAAUAUCACUGGCGAAGAACAUCUUGCGCGCCAUUGACGCCAAUCCAGAUAUCCCGCCGCUUUCGGCAUACCCUCGAUCACACCAGGUGACCUACAGGUACUAUAUCGGGAUGCUUGGCUUUUUGAGUGAAGACUUCGCAAAGGCGGAGCAAGAGUUGACGCUUGCAUUCUAUAACUGCUAUACGGGCGCGCAUAGCAAUCAAGAGCGUGUCUUGACCUACCUCAUCCCGUUACGCAUGUUCCGAGGACACCUCCCUUCGCGGGAGUUGAUGCGUCGUUUCCCGGUAUUAGACGACCUUUACACGCCCUUCCUCAAUGCUCUGCGCACGGGUGAUAUUCGGACCUACGACGCAUCGCUGGACAGGUUCGAGCGGCGGCUGGUAGACCUCAACCUGUAUCUCACGCUCGAGAAGGCGCGCGAGCUCUGCGUGCGUGGGCUGUUCCGCCGAGUUUGGAUCGCAGCCGAAAAAAGCACACGGAUACCGGUAUCAAUGUUCCUGGCGGCGCUGCGAACAGCCGACGAAGAGACGGCGUCGGAAGAGGCGGAAUGUCUAGUGGCGAACAUGAUCUUCAAGGGCUUCAUGCGGGGGUACAUCUCGCACGAAAAGCAGAUGGUCGUCCUGUCGAACACCAACCCCUUCCCGCGGCUCGCGGACCGCCCAUCGCCAUAUGCACUGCUCCAGUAG